UUUUAUCUUUUGCAGUUGCAUUGCAGAGAUCCUUGUGUAGCUGUCGCGGUCGCUUCGUGUGUCUACUACGGUUCUUCUUUCCAAAGCCUCUCAUCCUAAUUUGAAAAUGGCUGCUGAGUACGUGGUAAAAGCAUUCACUGAGCUGCAGGCCGAUGCCGGCUGCAAGUCUAUGCUGAAGAAGUUCCUGACCAAGGAAGUCGUCGACUCGUUGAAGGACAAGAAGACCUCCCUUGGAGCGACGCUGAAGGACUGCAUCUCUUCUGGUACUGAGAACCAUGACAGCAACGUGGGAGUCUAUGCAGCUGAUACGGAAUCUUACACCACAUUCGCUGGUCUGUUCGAUCCAGUCAUCGACUGCUACCACAAGGGCUUCCCACCAUCUGCCAAGCACCCAACGCCAAACUUCGGAACAAAGGAGCAGGUGGAUGCAUUCGUUGACCUUGACCCAGAGGGCAAGUACAUCGUCUCCACCCGCAUCAGAGUCGGCAGGAGCAUCCAAGGAUUCCCCUUCAACACUCUGCUUCAGGCCGAUCAAUACUCUGAGAUGGAGACCAGACUGAAGGAGGCUUUUGCUAGCUUCGAGUCUGAGCUCGCCGGAAAGUACUACCCCCUAGCAGGCAUGGAUGAUGCCACCCGCAAGCAACUCAUCGAAGACCACUUCCUGUUCCAGGAGUGCGACAGGUUCUUGAAGAGUGCCGGUGGUUACAACCACUUCCCAACAGGCCGUGGAAUUUUCCACAACCCAACGAAGAACUUCUUGAUCUGGGUGAAUGAGGAAGAUCACCUUCGCAUCAUCUCCAUGCAGAUGGGGGGUGACUUGGGCAUGGUCUACAAGCGUCUCGUCACGGGAGCGAACAAGAUGGAGAGCCACCCCAAGAUCAAGUUCACCAAAACUGACCGUCUCGGAUACCUGACCUUCUGCCCAACCAACCUGGGCACAACUCUGCGCUCCAGUGUGCACAUUAAACUGCCAAAGACCCUCGACACACCAGAGUUCAAGGCCAUUGUUGAGAAAUACGAAAUGCAAGUCAGAGGCACCAUGGGUGAGCACACCGAGACCAAGGGAGGUCUGGUAGAUGUCUCCAACAAGAGGCGUUUGGGUCUCACUGAGUACGAGGCCGUGAAGGCCAUGUACGACGGAAUCAAGGCUCUUAUUGCCCUGGAAAAGUCCAAGUAAUAAGCGACACAUGGCGAUGAGCGAGCGAGUGAAGGUUGAAAUCUCCAAUACCCUUUGUAGGGCAAUAAAAAACGCGGUGUGAGCAUUUAUCACCGGCUGACACACCAGCGACGAAGCAAGUCAGGUUUUUUCUCCAUCAUUGAGUGAACAGAAAGCUAGCUAGGUUUCUUAUUCAUGUUAUCAGUCAGUUCCUAGUAUUGAAGGCGAAAUGACUGUGUCAGUGUGAACAGAGCAUGAUGAUUACAACGCCGAAUUAGGAAUUGUGUACCUAGAACAAAAUCUAUGCACAUAGCUGGCGACAUCUUGUGUAUACUCUAUAUAAAAUUUCUGCCUGGUUAUCAUUGCAUAUUUAUUGUUUUACAAAUGUUUUUUUGGCAUAUUCUUAUUGUUAUUUGUUGUAAAAAUUUAAUAAAAAUCAUCUUCUUUGGUAAAUGAGUGUAUCAAAUAA